AUGUUUGUCUCGCGCCUCCGCUCGCCACUCGCGACCUACGCCACGACUCGUUUUAUUUCACAGGCUUUCCUGGCAUACUCGGGCUGCGCCGCCCAGAGCCCUCACACGCCUCCCUCGGAGCUGCAACUACGACGCUCGUGGCUCUAUGUGCCGUCUUCGUCCGACAAGAUGCUGGCGAAGUCCAAGGAGGUAGGGUCCGACAUGGUCAUUUAUGACCUCGAGGACAGCGUGUCUCCGGUCCCUGCGGACAAGGAAAGAGCUAGAGUGCGGUUGCAAUCGUUUUUGGAGCACGAGGAGCGCACGCUCGACCGUCGUCGCGUCGCCGUCCGCGUCAACAGCGUGUCGACCAAGUUCUUCGAGGAGGACAUGGCCUAUGUCCUACGCUCCCCCGUCGUCAGCACCCUCGUCCUCCCCAAAGUCAACUCCACGAAGGACCUCAACCACGUGUCGAACGUCAUCCGCGAACUUACGCGCGUCGACCCAGGCCGCGGUCUGCGCCUCGUCGCGAGCAUCGAGAGCGCGCAGGCGCUGUGGAAUAUAGGGUCCAUCAGCCACUGGAAGUCGGAGCAUGGACCGCUUAUGGGCGGGCAGUUGAGCGCGUUGUUGUUCGCUGCGGAGGAUUUCUGCGCUGACACGGGAAUCAUCCGCACGCACUCUCGCCGAGAGCUCCUGUAUACGCGGUCGCAGAUCGUUAUAGCGGCAAAGGCGCACGGGCUAGAGGCUAUUGACAUGGUCUUCAAGCACUACAAGGACCCGGAGGAGCUCAAGGAGGAGUGCAAGGACGGUCGUAAUUUAGGGUUUAAUGGAAAGCAAGCGAUCCAUCCCGUCCAGGUGGAGACUAUUCAGUCUACAUUUGUGCCCACCGAGCAAGAGAUCCUUCGGGCUGCGAAGAUUGUUCAUCAGCUAGAUGCGGCGUAUGCAUCGACAAUGGGGACGGGAGCCGUCGGCAUUGACGGGGAGAUGAUUGACGCUCCUAUGCUGAAGCAGGCUGAGAAAGUCAUCAGCAUGGCCAAGGCUGCAGGCCUGACUAUCCCUCACGUCUGACCGUAUUUCCUCGUCCGGUUCAUCCAUCCAAUGUAAACAAAUAAUCACAGGGUAACUGGCUAGUACUAGCGCCUCGAAGCCCGGAUGGCAGUUGCCACGAAAUAGUUGCAAAUUCCGUAUCAUGACAUGACGCGUGUGUCUGCACGACAUAUCUCCAACACAGCACUUGCUAAAAUGAAGAGACGGCUGUUCUCUCCAUUCCAGGGACUUCCCGCGCCGGGAGGCCGACAUUGCGCUGCUGGAUAUGGUCAAAUCAGAAGAGCCGUCGAGCCCGGGGAGAAAUGAAACGCCCAAUGGAGGCGAGGAAGCCGAUCGGUGCGUGUGGCGCAUGGUGGUUGGAAUUUGAUUCCGAUCUGUCUCCGCGAGCCUUUCUCUCUUGAUUCUGAACCACGACGUCGAUCCAGGCUCACACCACAGAUAAAUACCGCGCGAGGGGCGAAACUAACCUUUCCUCUUCCCACCAUCAUCUCACCGCGGUGCACCUGGGUCCUG